GGUACAGUAAAUUCAAAACUGACAGCUGGCUGAUGUGGAAUGUUGAGUGAAUCAUCUCUCGUGUUCUCGACGUCUUCAGUCUGCGGAAUGUGACGAGCGGUAAGCCCAUGUAAUCCGGUGUGGUAGAAUUCCCACGCACACUCCCGUCUUCAAGGCACCGACGCCGACUCCGUUCUCUACACGUCUUGUAACGCGUUGGAGAACGCAGCGGGAUCAGUCGGGGCGGAUCUUGGACGACCCGCCGGGCCUAGUUCCGCGCUCGGCCGCUAGAUGUCACUGGCGCGGGGUGACCCGCGGCGGGCCGGCCGGCCCAGCAGAAGGUGCAGUUGCUCGCCAUCGACCCCCGACGCAGCAUGCCGGUCACUGCUCCGGCGCACUGAAGAGCCCGGUGAUCGCCCCAGUGACCUGACCGCAGUGAACAGUGAUGUUGGUCUGUCUCUGAUCAGCCGACAGAAGGAAGCUGGCCGGGCGACAAGCAAGACGAGGCCAGCGGGAGAUUUGGACACAUCUUGGAGCUAAUGCAUAAAUAGCACUUCAGCCAUGGGAUUCUUUAGAGGAUGGACGGACUACCUCAGGAUACUGCCGUGGCUAGCACUACUGUCGUUCACAGCCUGCCAAGAUCCACACUUCGUGCAACCAAACCUAGACCUGGGCAACCUGCCCAACACAUCGUUCUCGUGCGAGGGGAAGGUGGUCGGCGGCUACUAUGCCGACUUCGAGACGGGCUGUCAGAUGUUCCACGUCUGCACGCUGGGCUCAAAAGGUGAGACCCAGGAUAUCAAGUUUAUGUGUUUGGCGGGCACGGUUUUCGAUCAGAAAACGCGCGUCUGCGAGCGGUCAGAAGAGGUGCCGUGCAUCGACGUCAAGCACUACGACGUCAAUAAGGAGCUGUACCACAACAGCAACAAAAUAUCUGUCGAGUUCGACGGUAACGUGACCGACUCGGCCGGCGGCGAGUCGGUGCUCCACCCGUACGUGCCCAGCGGCGAGGAGUACGAGGAGGCCAGCGCGCGCUACCCGCCCUCCGACUACCGGGACGACUUCAGCAGCGAGUGGUCGUCGGGCAGGAGCAGCACGCGCACACGCUCAGAGGUGCCCGUCUACCGGCGGCGCACCGGCCGGAGGCGCGGCGGGCGUCGCGUCGUGCCGCAGCAGCCCGCCUUCAUACGGUUCCAAACAACAACAACGUCGACAACGACGACGACGACACCGAGCACGACGACGCGCCACCCGGCGGCGCACGAGACGGCCACGGUGCCGAUCAUCCCGGCUGCCAGCGACCCGGACCGACCGCGUGUCAUCGUCACCAACGGCAUGCCAUUCGUGCCGAAAUUGGACUCGCCGGACCCGGCGCCGGCGCUCACCACCGAGGAGGAGUACUCGUCUCUGGCGCUGCCCGAGACCAACUUCUCGUGUGAGGGGAAGGUGAGCGGCGGCCACUACGCCGACCCCGAGACCAACUGCAAGAUGUUCCACAUCUGCGUCAUCGGAGCCGAUGACACCAUCACCGACUACAAGUUCCUCUGUGGAAACAACACGGCAUUCGAGCAGAAGUCGCGAACUUGCCAAGAGAUUGACAAAAUAGACUGCGCCUCAUCUUCUGUAAACUAUUACGUCAACAAUCAUCUCAUCAUCCCGAGGUGGCUGGAGGACCUCGUGCGCCGCCAGGCCAGCGAGGCGGCCCUUCAGGCCAAGGCGGCCCUCGAGACCCAGAACCGGGCCAUUGCCGAGCGCGACGAGGCGACGCGUGCGCUGGAGACGUCGGACUCAUGACUGUUGGCGGCCGGUGGCGGCCGCGUCGUGUGGCACCUCCCCGUGGUGGCGGCCGGGCCCGGUGGGCAGUGACAGAGGGCGGAGUGGCGGAGUCGGCCCUGUGGAGGGGAGAGGCACGGUGUGGUGGUGCGCGCGGCGCGGGCUGCACCGGCGGGGCGCCGGCCCGGUCCCCGACCCUGCACGAGCCCGCUUUUAGAGUGCAUGCGGCGGCGGUUCGGGCGCGCUCGGGAGGCCCGCCGGCAGCGCCACCUGCGGGGACGGCGCUGCGACGGUGGCGCCACCGCGGGCAGCCGCGCGCGGUUAGUGCCAAACUGGUUACGUCUGCUGUGAGCGGGCGCUCUGAGAUCCUUCUGUUGUUGAUGUCGUGGCAAUAAAUCAUCUCCCAGCUUA